AAGCAAAUCCUCCUCUAUAAAAAGAGGUGACCAUGUAUUAGACAAUAGCAAGGAAGGAUAUAGAAGCCUUCACCACCCUUGCAGUGUUAAAGUAUAGCAAUACUCAAUCAACCCUGUGAGAUGGAGAAGGUGAGUGUGGAAGUAAAACCAGAAGAGGGUGAUGAGAUGAAAUGGGUUCAUGAUUCUUCACUGGACCACAAAGGCAUGGUUCCACUCCGAGCUUCAACUGGUUCUUGGAAAGCUGCUCUCUUCAUUAUUGCAAUUGAGACUAGUGAGAGGUUGAGCUACUUUGGAAUAGCAACCAGUUUGGUUCUUUACCUGACAAAGGUUAUGCAUCAAGAACUCAAGACAGCAGCAAGAAAUGUGAACUACUGGUCUGGUGUCACAACUUUGAUGCCACUGUUUGGUGGAUUCAUAGCCGAUGCAUACUUGGGUCGUUACUCCACUGUGCUCGCAUCAUCCAUUGUUUAUCUCGUAGGUUUGAUUCUCCUUACUCUUUCUUGGUUCUUACCAAGCUUAAAGCCAUGUGAUCACACAAACAUGUGCGCUGAACCUAGGAGAAUUCAUGAAGUGAUUUUCUUCCUUGCCAUCUACUUAAUAUCUAUUGGAACUGGAGGGCACAAACCUUCCUUGGAGAGCUUUGGGGCUGAUCAAUUUGAUGAGGAUCAUGAUGAAGAAAGGAGGCAAAAAAUGUCCUUUUUCAAUUGGUGGAAUUGUGCACUAUGCAGUGGACUUAUUCUUGGAGUGACCCUCAUUGUUUACAUUCAAGACAACAUAAACUGGGGUGCUGCUGAUAUUAUCUUCACUGUGGUCAUGGCUUUUUCACUGCUCAUCUUCAUAAUAGGAAGACCAUUUUAUCGUUAUAGGGUACCAACUGGGAGUCCCUUGACUCCAAUGUUGCAGGUUCUUGUUGCUGCCAUUUCCAAAAGAAAGCUUCCAUAUCCUUCUAACCCUGCUCAAUUGUAUGAAGUUCCCAAGUCUCUAAGCAACAAUAGGAGAUUUCUCUGUCACACUAACAAACUCAAAUUUCUUGACAAGGCAGCAAUUCUUGCUAGUGAUGGAAGUUCAGCAGAGAAGCAGAGUCCAUGGAACCUAGCAACUGUGACUAAGGUUGAAGAAAUGAAGCUUAUAAUCAACAUAAUCCCCAUUUGGUUAUCUACCUUACCUUUCGGUAUAUGUGUGGCACAAACAUCCACAUUCUUCAUCAAACAAGGUACCAAGUUGAACAGAAAGGUAGGCAAUGGAUUUGAGAUUCCUCCAGCUUCAAUCUUCACCUUUGCUGCCUUGGGGAUGGUGAUUUCUGUGACCAUAUAUGACAAGAUUCUUGUACCUGUGUUAAGAAAACUAACUCAAAACGAGAGAGGAAUCAACAUUCUUCAGAGGAUUGGUUUUGGAAUGCUUUUCUCUGUUGGCACAAUGAUAGUAGCUGCUUUGGUGGAGAAAAAGAGGCUUGAAGCUGUUGAGAGGGAUCCACUGAAGGGUUCACUAACAAUGAGUGUCUUCUGGUUGGCACCACAGUUUCUCAUCAUUGGCUUUGGUGAUGGGUUCACUCUUGUGGGGUUGCAAGAGUACUUUUAUGACCAAGUUCCUGACUCAAUGAGAAGCCUUGGCAUAGCAUUUUACCUUAGUGUAAUUGGGGCAGCGAGUUUCCUAAGUAGCAUGCUAAUAACAGUUGUUGAUCACAUGACAAAGAAGAGUGGGAAGAGUUGGUUUGGGAAGGAUUUGAAUAGUAGUCGCUUGGACAAAUUCUAUUGGCUUUUGGCAGCCAUAACCACUGUGAAUUUCUUCUUGUUUGUGUUUGUUGCUCGUCGAUAUUCAUACAAAAAUGUGCAAAAGGUAGCAGUGGCUGAUUGCUAUGAAGGGAAAAGUGAUAGUGAGGGUGUGGAAACCAAGGUUUAGGGGCAUGUAAACAACAGAGGGAAAUGUUCCUGUGUAGAACAAUAUAUUAUCACCACAUCUCUUGUCAGCUUAUAUUUAUGCUGCUUACUCUUAUAUAUUGUUCUCUCAUCCUUAAAUAUGAUUUUGGUUUUGGGUUA